AUGGGAUUAGUGGUGAUGGUGGUGGUGGCCCGCGAGUUGAGGGUCUCCGAAGCCGUGGCCAAGCUCCAUGCAUCGGGUGCGGGACCAGCAGAGGUGGCGCGGCGGAUGAAGAUCAUUCAGAAGGAGCUGCAGGUGCUGGAGGAGAUGGUCGAGGUCGAGGUCCUGCGGAUGCGGGCAACAAUGGCGGCCCAGGACUCGGCCCGAGGCACGUUCUCCAAGCUCGCAGACUCGCUGACGGCUGCGGCAAGCGCAAGCCAGUCAAGCGAGAAAAGGUCGGCGACGGAGGGGGAUAAUGUGAGUGCUGGCGGCGAGCUGGAGAUGCUCCGGACACACCGACAGGAGAUCGUGCGGCUCAAGUCGAUGCUGCGUGCAGCGCGUGUGGCGGCUGCGGCGGGGCACGAGCGCGGAUUGGUGGCGGCGCGCAACGAGCUCCUUGGAUACAGCGAUAGAGAUAGAGACGAAAAUGAGGCCAAGAAGCGGCGCAAGGAUCGUGCCGCGGUUGCUCGUAGCGUCCGCUCCAUCAAUGCAGGCAUGCUACGGACGCGCCAGCUGAUGGCGUCGUCGCUGGAGCGCGGAGCCAACGCGUUGGACCUGCUUGCAUCGUCGUCCGGGACCAUUGCCGACGUUGGCAACGUGUACUCGCAGUAUGAUGCUGGAGUUGAUGAGGCGUUUGCUUCGACGCGACGGAUCACCGAGCGGGCGUCGACAGAUAGGUUGCUGAUCUCGCUUGCCUUUCUCGUCUUUUGCGCCUCGGUUCUCUUUGUUCUCCAUCAGCGACUUGGCGUCCUCACCCCGGCCAUGCUCUUUCUCCGCCCGCUGUGGCAGACCGUGUUUCCUGCAGCUAGCGAGCCCGCCUCGUCCGCUGCCGAUGCUGUGGGCGUGGGUGCCGGCGCGGGAGCGGGAGCCCUCGAAGUUGAUCUCCUCGAUGAGCACGGCGGGCCGCGCUGA